UCCUGACAACAAACCACUUUCCAAUUUCAAAAACCAUUCGAACGGUACUCGCUCCGUCGCUCGUGCCGAGUACACGCGAAAGAUCGCGAUGCUUCGAAAAUAAGACGUUCGAAUUUUUUUCUUUAUUUAAAUAUUGGAAAAAAAAAUAUUGUGGAUUUUGGUGCUGUGCAAAAAAAAAAAAGAGGUUGUCAACGACUCUUUUGACAUAUUAUGUUUUUUAUUCAUAUGUGCCAGUGAAAAAUGCUUCAGCCCAGAUUAUACAGAUGUGGUAGUGCGAUAAUGGGGGGUAAAAGGAACUGUGCCCGCUGUGGAUGGAGCUUUGUGUUGGCGAUCGUUUUAGCAUCCACUCUUGUGUCAUGUCAAGACUUAUCAAAUGAGGAGACAGUUGAAGCAUCCAGAAUAAAAAGAGAAGGUGUCCCAGAAAACAGGGCUUUCAACACAAACGGUAUUGUGUACGAUAACUCACCCUGGAGACCAGGAAGGGACAUGGAUCAUGUCAGCCGGCCAAUAACAGAAGAGGACGAUAGGAAAAUGAAGAAUCUGGCCACCAGGAUCAUGUCCAAUGGCGUGGAAGUACUGGUAAAAGACAAAAAUUCUGAUGGGAAACAGGAGCAGACCAAAUAUAUGGAAGUCAAGACGAUUCAACCAUCGGCUCCGAGUAAUAUAUAUGCAAGUAGUUUUCCAAAAAUUGAAAAAAGAAUAGACACAGAAAAUGAAAAUAAUUUUGAUAUAAUUCAACCAUCAGAAAUGGGACAUGUAUCGUGCACAACAUCAUGUUCUUGUUCUAAUACAAAAACAGAAGGAUUAAAAACAAAAUAUACACAUAUUGAUGCUACUCUGCCAGCAGCUUCUAAAUUUGGAAUAAAAACUUCUAAAUAUGGUGCUACAAAAAUGGAUUUUAGACCAACGAAUAAAGAAUCUUUUAAUAAGAAAACUCAGUAUGGUCCUUAUGAAUUCGAAAGCAGUUCACAUUUAGCGCCAACAGAUAGAAUUGUUGAAAAAUAUACUGAAGUUAUUAAUGAUUAUUCAGAGGAAAAAGAUACAAGUUCUGUAGAAGAAAGUGAAUUAUUAACAAACGAGCAAGCUCCAACACCGCCAAAAACUAACAAAAUUGUAAAUAAUAAGAACCAUGAAAAAAAUAAGCCAGACAAACCCCAAAAACCGAAUAAAAAUAAAUUUGUUGUUGCGGAUUUAUUGAAGUUAGGAUCAUUGGGUAUUAAAGGUUUAUCACAGCUGGCACCUGUUAUAGAAAAAAUGACUGGUGGUUUUAUAAAACGUCAAGAUACAAAUAAAACUACUACUACAACAGUUAAACCAGUAGAAAAAUUAACUGCGUAUAAUGUUAAUAAACGAGUUGAUAGCGACAUUGAAUUUAAACAAAACGAUUUUCCUAUAUAUAUUCCAGUGGAUGAGUUAGAGACUUCAGAAUCUCAAGUUUUUUUUACAAAUGCAACAUUGCAUCAGAAUUUAGCGUGGGCUGCAGAGCACAAGCAACCUAAAUCACAUAUCGUCCCACCUAAAAUUAUACAUGAAAGCCCACUUGUGAAUGGCGGUAUUCCCAUUAGCCCCGGUGAGAUAAUUACAGCCCAUUCAGAUGUAAUAGUAGGUAAGCCAGCCGUGGGCGGACCAUUAACCUUGGCUGCUAGUGGAAUUAAACUGCAUAACCCUGUUAGUCCACCACCUAUUGAUAGUUUUGUAGCAGGUAAUGAAGAAUACUUAAUUAAACAGAGGCCACUAAGUGAUCAAGCUUCGUUAACUACUAAAGUAGACGAUUCAUACGAUUUAAGGCCACCAGAUGUACCAAAAAUUAAAUCUAAACCAAACAGAAAUAUUUUUAGACAACCUCAAUCAUCUAUUAAUCAUCAAAGUUCACAACUUCAAAACAAUAUACCAGUUCACAUACCGCAAAUUAUACACCCAUCAGAUAAUAUAAUGAAAACAGAACAUAUAAAAAGUACAAAUACCGUAUUAGGAAAUCAUGGUAGACCAGCAUUCCUUGACUAUAUUCCUUCAUUAGUGAAGCCUAAUAAAGGGCCACUAAAACAACAUACUGAUUUUAAUACCCAAAAAGAUCAUAGAGAUAAAGAAAUAAUUGAUAGUAGUCCUAGUUCUUCCGAAAUAAUAAAUACAAGAGUAAAAACGGAUGGAGAGUAUCCUUUAUCCAUCAGUCCUGAGGCUAGUAAACCAUUGUUAGUAGAUAUUCAGCCUUCAAGAGUAGCUAAUGUAUUGAUACCUCAUGGAAGUUCUACUGCUUUAGUUUUUGCCGGUUCUUCUGAGCCACAUAAAACAGGAGACUAUGUUGAUGAUCCUUUGCCAUAUCCUGAACCUGGUUAUUUUGGAAGUUUUAGUAUAGAUGCACCGCAAAUGACUAAUGUACAUAAUGUUGCUCCGAAUAAUAAUAAACAAUUUUUAGCAAAUUCUAAUAUACGCUACCUUCUGGAACCUUAUAAGCCUAGUGUUCCACCAUUUCAUAAAGAACAACCAUUCAGAAAUGAUUUGAAGUCAAAAUGGAAGGAUGCUAAGCAUCCUAAUAAUUUUAAUAAAAUUCCACCACCAACUAGUAAUCAAGAAGCUCACGUUCAAAUUGGUCCACAAAUAACCUCAUACGAUCCUGAUAUUUAUAAUCCAGUUAAUGGAGAAUUCGAAAAGUACAACCAUCUUAAAGGAAAUGAUAAAAUUAAAGAUGGUAAGGAAGUUAUAGACAAAGAAUACGAAAAUUAUCUGGCAGUACCACCUCCACCUCCAAAAUUACAUUUAAAUCAAGAAAAUGUAUAUGAUAUUAAUAAACCUUACAAUCAGCGCCCUAUAGUUCAUACAAAACCAGUGCAAGAUAUGAAAGUAUUUUAUAACAUACAGCAUCCUAUACCGAAAAUAACACCCGAACAACAACCACCCAAAGUGACAUCUGAGAUAUAUUUCGCAGCUCAAGCACCAAACAGCAAACCAACCCCAACGUAUACAAUACACAUACCACCAUCACCAGCAACAUAUCUUAAUCCUUACAAAAAUAAUGGACCUAUAAACAAUGUUCAAACAGAAAAAUCUACGGGUACUAAUACGGGAAAAGUACAUAAUUCUUUUUCAGUAAUAUCAAAUCCAAAUAGUGGAAAUAAAUCACUUAUAACAAAUAAUCUAUACAAAACGGACGCGUCAUAUACUGUUACUCUUAACACAGCAACUAAUAUAGCAAGUAAUGUAAAAGAAGGACAAGUAAUUGGAUCAAGUGUACCCGUUGCUAUUGGUUCUUCAUCUGAUAAUGAUCAUGUGAAUGCAAAUAUUCCGAUUGGAACAAAUUUUGCAAUUACUGUAGAAGAUGCACCAUUACCUUUUGAAAGCUAUAAUUUACAAGAUAAUCAAAAGCCUGAUAUUGUUUAUGAUAAUCGCCCUCAUAUACCUAUUGCAGUUUCAGUAGGAGACAACAGAUGGAAUAUCAGCACAGUUGACAAAAAUGAAUCAAAACAACAAACUAGCGAUUUAGGAAGCCACAAAUUAAAUCAUAAAUUUGUAAAACCUGCACAAAAAGUAGUCCCAUCUCUUAAUAGUCAUGCAAAUUUCCCAAUGAUAAACGAAUAUACUACUGCAAUAAGCAAAUACAGUGAAGAGAAACCAGUAACUGAACAUUCUAUAAAUACUGCAAUUUCUGACCAAAGAAGGCCUGCAAAAUUGAUACCAAAUGUUCCAACUAAUUCCCAUGGAUGGUAUUCUAGUGUGGUUAAUAAUGAAAAUAACUUAAAUAAUAUCAAAGUCGAAGUAACAACAAGAAAGAUAAUUCCUUUGACAAAUAACUUUAAUUCAGAUACCACUCCAGAAUUUGGUCAAAAGAUAGCAAGUAUAGGAAAACCACCUGGUUUUUGGUCCCAAGAUACAUCGUCUGUAUUUUCAAAUUUUAAUGUAGGUAAACCAUUUACAAAAACAGAAACUGAAUCGCCGUUAUAUGAAACAUCCAUACGGAGUACUUCUACACCUUAUAAAUAUCCUCACUAUAUACCGUCAAAUUUCGACAGUAUAAAACAGCCUGCAUAUGAUAUACCUAUUAGGGAUAAUAGCGAUGAAACUACAACUCCUAAAAUUAUUAAGGUAACUACCAUAAAAUCUAAUCCAAUAUAUGAAAAUUCAGAAGAAAUUUAUGACGGUGAGGAAGAAAUUGAUAAUGCUGAUAACAUUGAAGGAGAAAUUAGUUCAGAAUCGAUGAAGGUACCUAUUGUGAGCUCAUCAAGUGAAACAAAUAAUAUAUCCAAAUCUACAACUGAUAUCACAUUGCUUAAAGACGAAGUUUUUAAACCUCCCAAAGACACCAAAGAAAAACAUGUACAAUUUGUAGAUUUCAACCCAGGAACACAAACAGAAAAGCCGUUCAAGAACAAUAGCAAUAUAAAUACUUUCCAAUCAAAUACAAUAAAGCCAAUAACCGUAUAUGAUAAUAAUCCACAUAUGAAACCUAGACCAUUUACAGUAAAUACUAUGUCAACAUUAGAUCAUCAAUUACAGCAACCACACUGGCAAAUAAAUCAAUUAAUGGAAAAUGCAACUAAUAUAUCAUACGAAGACAAUUUGGAUUUAAAUAUAGGUGAAGAAAUUAAUACAUUUAAGCGACCAUCUUCAACACAAAAGCCACUAUACCACAAUAUACAGCCCGAUAAUAAAUAUAAAAAACCAUUAAAACCAGUAUUUUCACAUUCAAAUACAACCCGUAUUGUAAAUGAGUCGAAUAUUAUUACAUCCACAGUUCAGAUUCAAGACAAAAAACCACUGAUUGUUGAAAAAAUUAAUGAAAAAACAACUUUGCCAUCAUUUACGAUACCAGAAAGUUUAAAUGCAAAUCAAGCAUCGACUGAAAUAAUUUACUUAUCACCUCCACCACCUACCAUAGAUUAUAAUUUUAGACCUUCUACGAAUGAUGAAAUUAUAAUGGGUAUGAGUCCUCCACCUCCAAGAAUUCCAUCUGGAAUCAAACCGCCUACCAGAAUGCCGUCAACUCCGAGACCUCAUCCUAUUAUUCCUAUACGAACGCCACCUCCCUAUAGACAUAAACUUCAAAGAACUUUGCCUCCAAGAAUACCAACACAGAAACCUGCAAGGAAACCAAUACAAAGAGAUGAAGUUUCUACAUAUAGACCAGCUUUUGAUAUUCUCAAUAGUGUUCGUCGACCAGUAUACAGUCAUGAUCAACCUUCUUCGCAAUUGUUACCACCCCCAAGAGAAGUAUCUACAAGGAUCAGUAAUACUAUGAGUGAAAUACCUGUACUUACUAAUACUCUGUCUUCAGUAUCAAACGUAGUAUUCCCAACACCCAUUUCUUCAGGAUGGUUAACAUCAUCAGGUGUUGAAUUUUCUUCAAGCUUUAAUUUUGCUCCUACUUCUAUUCAGUUCCCUGUUAUUAAAGAAACAACUAAGGUAUCAGAUACGUCAGAAACAGCUUCUGCUGAAAAUGAAUUUUCAUAUGAAAGUGAAUCAACAUCAUUAGAACAUACUGAUACAAGUUCAGAAAAAUCAGCGACAGAAGAUAGGAUAUCCACUUCCAAGGAAGUUCAUAACACAGAAUCCACCACUCAAAUUACGAGCUCUGAACAGAGUGCCGAUUCAGUUGCUAAUGAAUCGAGUCAAGAAGAAAAUACUACUAAAAAACUAAUAGUAGUGCCAUUAGGAAAUAGGAAUAGAACUCGUAAGCCAUAUCCAAUGCGGCACAGUGAUAAGAAAUCGACUAGUACUAGUACUUAUAAGGUAUCUCUUAAACCAACAACAGCUAUAAUUAAGCCGACAAGGACACUGUCACGCCCUGAAAUUUUAUAUCCAACAAGACAGAUACCUAUAAAAAAAGUAACGAAACCAACACCUAUAAGAUUGCCUACUUCUUCCACAAGUAUUUUGGAGAGCUCUGAAUCUGUAAUUGACGAUGAUUUUAUAACACCGACAGAAGUUCUUAAAGAUAACGUAUUAUCAUCAACAUCACAAACGAAGGCAACUGAGGUGAUAGAUAAGGCAAAUGAAUUAUCAAGUGCUUUAGCUACUCCUACGUUAGAUCAAGUAUUAUCAAGUGUAAAACCAACGCAUCAUGCUGGUAACGAAAUAAAAAUUUCGGAUGAAAUAAUGCCGACUAAAACGGAAUUUAAAACUACAGUUAUCACUCUUACCAAGACCUUAUCUGAACCACCGAAAACCGUAUCGAGUAUAGGUUAUGUAAAUCUAACCCAUACUUUAACGGUUACACAUACGAAAACAAGCCUUGUAAGUUUAUCAGAGGGAGCUGUGACACAAACACUAGUCUUGACUAAUACUCAAACAUCUACAAUAGUUGAUGUGGUUACAGAAAUUCAUACUCAAGUGCAGCCAACAACUAUUAUUGAAACUGUUACUAAACAUAUACCUAUGUUAGUAGAACCUACUUCUGUUCUAGAGGAAAAAAUGAAAACAAAAGUACCUUUAGAUGAUAUCUCUAUGUCUUCAGAAGAAAAUGAUAACCUUAUUAUCAGAGAGCAUGGUACUACAGAAAACGUGCAAAAAAUAGAAUCUGAAACUGAGGGAGAUAAUGAUACAUUCUUUGUAGUCAUGAACAAAUCUCAAAACGGUGGUCAUGCUCCUCCAAUAAGUAACGAUGUUGAAACUGGAGAUUAUGAUGGAAUUACUAGAAAUGAACAGGUGAACAGUAAUGGUGUAUCUCAAGUACUGUUUGGCGAAAUCCUUCUGGCAGGAACGCCAUAUUUAGAAACAACAAAUGUAGGCAAUUUACCUGCAUUCGGAAAGGAAUGCCAGCCAGAUUGCAAAGCUUCAAGGAAUGAACGAUGUCAGCGAAUUGAGGGAAUCAUGAAAUGUGUUUGCAGACCUGGAUUCGCCAGAAUGUUCCCUGAUAGACCAUGUAAACCUACUUACACAUAUUCAGUGAAGUUGGCAUUGGGAUCACAAGGCAAUGAACGUCUUACAUUCCACCAGAGUCUCUCUGAUAACUCCAGUAAGCAGUAUCACGCGUUGGCUGUUGCAACUCACGAAGGAAUCAAUAGAAUGGUGAUGCAGUCGGAUCUUAGAGACGUCUUCCAUGGAGUGCACAUCACAGGUUUCUCCCCUGUACAGAUGAAGGCACAGAAUGGAGAUAUUUACCAAGGAGUUAUGAAUGAUUUUUAUGUGCAGCUUUCAGACAACGCUCACGAGAGUCGAUUGAAGGAAGUCAUCGAGAAGUACUUGAGGAACAAUAACUACAGUCUUGGUGGUACUGAUGUUCACGCGGCUGGAGAAUUGGUGGACCGACUGAAUGUCAGCGAUUUCGACGAAUGCGUCAGUGGGCAAUUCCACGAUUGCUCCGAGCAUGCGCAAUGCUUCAAUCUUCGUGGAACAUACACGUGCAGUUGCUUGGAAGGGUAUGCGGACCUCAGCGUCAAUACCUUGUAUCCUGGCAGAAUAUGUUCUGCGGAGCCAGUUGGCUGCGAGCGCUGCAACUAUCACGGCGCGUGCUACUCACGCGACGACAGACGGGUGCUAUGUGAAUGUUUCCAAUGGUACGCCGGUAGCUCUUGUCAAAUAAAUCUUAAAGUGGUGCUGAUCUCUCUUGUGGUGGCUGGCGCGGUGUUGUCGGUGGUACUAGCGGUGUGCGCGGUGGUGGCGUGUUCGAAGCGGCCCCGUCGCCAGCCACGCUCCAUCGUCGCUUGCAUACAGAACAUGCCUAGUUUACACCAGGGGGCAAUGCCAUCAAAGCAGCGGGCAGAUCGUCGUGCCCUGAUCAGUGAGCGAGGAGAAGUCGGAGACGCUUCUAGUAUGCAGAAUGCUUCUCUCCCAUAUAUGCCAGCCAAGCGCCCUUCGUCCAGUAAGAAAUGCACCAUGUCUGAUCCACCAACUCAUGACGCCCCUCCGCCCCCUGCUCCGGCUGUCAUGAUACCCAGGGCACGGCUGCACGCUCAUCACGAGAGUCGAGAGAACAUAUCCAGAAAGAAGAGUUUGGAACUUAGUAACGAAGCUAAACUUAUCAGUUAUUUGGAGUCAGGUGCGAUCAAUACUAAUGAAGAGAUGCGAAGAAAACACAGCGUAGAAAGUUCAUAUAGCGGCAAUAAGGAGAGACACAACAAACAAGGUGCAUUAGUGUCCGCUGGCUUUAAGGUGUCAACAACGAUCCGACCAGACGAGACAAACAUGAAGGAAGAGAGAGAUGACUUAUCGUCUGUGCACAAGGCGGAUCUAGAAGCAGAGUUGUCAAGGUUCGAUUCCCUUAGGAAGUCUUAUAGUCAAGAAGACAUUAUGUCCGAAUGGACGGAUGCUGAGAGACGUAUUGGAGAACUAACAUUGUCGGAGGCGCGGUCGAUCGGUGGUACACUGCCAGCCAGCACGGGCAGAGCCGCUUCUUCCACGCGACUCACCCACCAGGAGGCAAACACAAUGGCAGAACGCGACCUCGGCUCCACCUUCCUCUUGCCACACGUGCACCUCUAUAAACCGGAUCUUACGAGUGACGUAUCAGAAUUCGACUCCCUGUGAAGACAAACGAGAUUCGGUCAUACAUUAGCGUUAUAAGUAUUAUUUUUGCUUAUCCAAUUCUAUAUUUUUACAUAUAUACCACAUGCGGUGUUACUCUUACCACCAAAGCAAUGACUAAUUUAUUACUAUUUAUUCAUUAAAACUUAUAUUGAUUUUAAUUUUCUUCACGAGAACGAAAUUUAAAUAAAAAUGCCAUAGUAAGUCUAAGCAUUAGUAUAUAAGUGUGUAAUAAUGAAAAUAAUUUGAAUGAGAAAUCAAAAUGUAUAUUAUUAUGUUAGUUUAUUUCAAUUAUUUAUAAAAAGCGAUUUCUUAUUUGAAGAAUUUUCAUUGUUUUUCUUUUUUCUGUUUUCGGUAAUAUUUAAAGGAUUUUAUUUCGUGCGCUUUGUGCCAAUUUUCAUAGUUUGGUGUCAGUUUUGUAUUCUAAUUUAAAUACUAUUUUUUACAAAUAUGUGUUUAUUAUUAAAGUUGCUUUACUAAAAAUACACUAAUCAAUCAAUAUAAUAUUAGUAAGCUCGCCCUUCGCCACGUUGGUUCAAAUAAGAAAAAAAAAACAAAAACGGGCAUUUCAAAUGUUACUUACCUCACAACGGUAACACUUGUUAAUUGCUUCUGACUACCCCAUUAGGGAUUACGGUCGAGAGCAUAUCUUUUAUAUAUACUCUGAGCAUUAGUAAUUCCUACACUUCGAUUCUACUCUACUAAGUUAGUGAGUGUAUUACAAAUACAUAAAUAUUAUAAUAUGUAUGUGGGGACUUUUUUUUUUUUAAUGGAUGAUAAUGAAAUGGUAGCCCCGUCUGCGCUAUUGGUAUACGCUGGCGGGACACCAGUGAGGGAUGAUAGAUGAGGGUGAAGCAGGUCAGUUAGCCCAUCGUAACAAAUUCAACAAUAAACCAAUCACGAUGGUUUCCAGGGGGAACCGCGAGGAGGUCGACCUGAUAGGGUUUAUUACUAGCAAUGGGGUUGCUAAUCCCCAUUACUAACAAUCCCUUCCCCCCUGUAUGUGGGGACUGCGUAAAUCAUCAUACAUUUUAGUUCAAAGUAUGAAACGAUUAAGGAACCAUGUAGAAUACUAACCAACUAGUAGAAUACUUUAUAGAAAAUCUACCAAACUUCAAAUGAGUUAGGACAAAAUUACACUUGCAUGAGACACUAGUCACUGUACAUGAAGUCGUGUACAGCUUGCUAGCAAGUACCUAGGUACUGAGUAACGGGGCAUUUUCUAUCAUUUAGAUCAUUCAAUUCUGUGGUUAUCUUACACAUAAUAUUUUAAAAGAUAUUAAAAAUUUCUCCUUGAUAAAAUUAAUCAGAGAAAAGUUACAUUCUUAAUAUUAGUAUAUCAUAUAUAUUCUAAAAACUUACUAAUAGAUUACUAAAUAUAUUAGUAAAUUUUAGUUACGUAUAAAUGUGAAUUAUAAUUACUAUCUGGUCGUAUUAAAUAACUAAAAUUGAUAUUUUAGACCAAACAGUGAUUGUGAAUUAAGAAAAAAUAUAAAUCUUAUUGUAGUAUUUAUUGUUUGUUAGAAAUUCCUUCUACUUAAAACUUGUUUCUUUCAUAAUAACUGAUUAGCAUCCAACUAUUCAGUAUGGGGCCCUUUGAAUAAGAAAUAGGAAAUUCAGUUGACUAUCUUUGAAUUGACACUAAAAUUAAAUUUAUAAGUUAUUUCAUGUUAUAUUUUAUAACCUUAGAUUAUAUACAUAGAGCAUUGAGCCUCAAAAACGGGUCAACUUUUUGUCAGCUAAUCGUUAAAUUAGCUGACUCGUUUUUUUUUUAUUAAUGUUUUAUAUACUUACGCACACAGUGUAUCUUGACGUAUCUAUAUUUAAUUAUUUAAUAAAUUAAAUGAGUAUUUGCGAAAAUUAAAAAGGUGCAAAAUUUAUAAGACAAAAUAAAUAUAGAGUAAUAUUCACUCGUAACUAUUUGUCACGCAAAAUUGUAUGAAAAAGUUGACCCGCUCUUCUCGAAGCAUUUGUAUGGAGACACUCUAUUUAUUAUAUAUAAUUUAAGGUUAAAACAUAGAUUGUGUAAAUCUAUUUGAUGUAAGUACGGAUUUCGUAUAAGCUUUAAGUAGCCCAGGCUAAGGAGCAUCGGGUAAAUGCUAGUUUGACAUAAUUUUAUAAAGAAAAUUCUAUGUUAUUCUAAUGUACCUUUUUUAUAUUUUUGAAACAGUGUUAUCGCAGAUUAAGCUAUUUAUUUCAACACGUUACAUUGUUUUUUGUUAAUAAAUACUUUUAUGAAAUCCUAA